UUUGUACUUUAGUCUAAUGACGCUUUAUUGUGUGAGUUUAUCAAUUGCUUGUACGUGUAUUGUGUAUUGUUUGAAAGCAUUAAUAUGAAGGUGGCGGUUGUCGGUGCAGGACCUGCGGGUCUUGUCGCGGCAAAGUACUCAGUGCAACACGGGCAUGAAUGUGACGUGUUUGAACAAACUGGCGCCUUUGGCGGGGUGUGGAUCUAUACUGAUGACGUUGGCGUCGAUAAAGAAGGUGUGUUAAUUCACACUUCGAUGUACAAGGAUUUAACCACCAAUUUUCCCAAGGAAUUAAUGUCGUACCCAGACUGUGCGUAUCCAGAUGAUCAAACCAAGUCGUAUAUUUCACAACAAGAGGUGUUAGGGUACUUAAAGAAAUAUGUGGAUGAAUUCAAUAUCAAGCGGCUUAUUCAGUUUUACACACGUGUUGUGGACAUAUCUCCCGAUGUAAACGAGGGGUGGAUUAUUAAAACUGAGGAUGUGAAGUCUAAUUUAAAAAAAGAAUUGGUAUACGACGCAGUCUUGAUUUGCAACGGGCGCUUUUACGAACCCACGCUCCCAAAGAUCAAUGGGCAAGACUUAUUCAAGGGACCUCAAACACACAGCAAAGAUUUCCGUACACCCGAACCUUUUAAAGAUCAAACGGUGUUAAUUGUAGGAGGAUCAUACUCUGGUCAAGAGCUGUGUCUAAAAAUCGCUCCUGUAGCAAAGCGCGUGAUUUUAAGCCAUAGAGCGCCCAUCAUGUAUAUAAAAUUUCCUGACAAUUUAACCGAAAAAACAGAAGUGGCCGAAUUUACUGCAAACGGUGCAAGGUUUUUAGAUGAUACGAUCGAAAAUUUCGAUUGCAUUUUGUACUGCACAGGUUUUCAUUACGUGUGUCCAUUUGUGAGUAAAAAAUGUGGAUUGAACGUUGAUAACAAUUGGAUUCGUCCACUUUAUAAGCAAAUUAUAAAUGUUGAAUACCCUACAAUGCAUUUUAUUGGGCUACCUUAUGUAGCAUGUGGAAUACCACUGUUUGAUUUCCAGGUUCAGUUUUCCUUAGCGGCACUGGAAAAGAAGUUUAAUUUGCCAUCUAAAGAAGAAAUGAUAAAGGAACUGGGACGUUAUAUGGAUGCCAGACGUGCGAAAGGAAUUCCAGAUUUUCAGGCGCACAAGCUCGGUAAUGCGGAGGCCCAAACGGAUUAUCUUCAGCAACUAUCCGAUGUGUCCGGAAUACCACCAAUACGUCCCGUUAUAAAUAAGUUGUAUGCGCGCAUUAAGGCUUGUGUAACGUUGGGGUGUCGUUUUGAGAUUGUGGACGACGAAAAUUUUAGAAUAAUAUCUUAACUGUAAUUUGAAGUGUACUAUAUAAAUUGUGGUUCAUUU